AUGUCUUUCCCUGUCCUUGACAAUCUCGCAGACGGUGACCUCAUCCACCAGCGUUUCGUCCUCGUCACAGGCACCAUCUCCUCGCUCAACGAGCUGAAUGAAAGCGCGUCGCCGUACAUCACCGUAGACACCCUAUCCUUCCCAUCUCAAACGUUCCCGAUCUCGCCUGAGACAGGCGCGUGGAAGGCCCUCGUGCAUCUGCAGCCCGGUCCUCAGACCAUAUCUUUCACCUUGAACGGCAACGCCAGCGCUACGCUCGUUGUCUCGAAUGUUUCCUAUCUCCCUCUGCUUCAUAUUGCUCCCUUGCAUCUAGCGAUCAUGGUCGCGAAGGACAGCCCCCAGUGGAUGGACUGUCCUCCCGAUAAGGCUGCCAGCCCUUCUCACCGAGACCUCGCCGCCGCUAUCAAGAAGAUGCGGAUGUGGGCUUACAUGUGUCAAGCAUACACCGCCGAGGAGAUGCGCAAGAAUGGCUUUGGUCGCCGCAGGUCAGUCUCUGCGCGCUUCCGUCUCGAAGAGGAAUGGGCUCAGGACACGCUCAGCAUCGCAGACGAAGAGCCUACCUGGCGCGUGACCGCGAAAGUGCACACCAUCAAGUCCGAAUACACAACCGCACAGAUUCGCAACUCGAACCUGGCACAGCAGAAUCCGAGGGCGGGCAACAAAGACGGGCUGUACAACUACUUCCACCAGGCAAUCGGGCGGUAUGCGGGUCCCUUCCAGGUGUUCAAAGGCGAGAGCGAAGGUCCUGUUAUCGCAGGACUGAUUCUCGAUUCACAUUAUGACCCUGCCCACGACCUGAUUACCGGCCACGCAGCUCUCGGCGGGACAGGCGGAGAGCAUGGCAAGGUGCACCUUGGGAUGUUUGGAAGCCACACGCACUGGGCAUGGCCACGCUUCGUAGAGGAGAUGGUGCCCUGCUUGCUCGAUGCGACCCGCGUGACAGCGCGCAGUGGCGUUGGAAAUGACAAUGGCGAGUGUGGGACAUAUUGGGAGGCGUGCUGUAUAGGACAGGGCGCGGCGCUGCAUGAAGUCGGGCAUGCUUUCGGGUUACCACAUCAGUCUUCAGGAAUUAUGAGCCGUGGCUAUGUCGAGUGGAACAGGAGCUUCGUUGCCAAAGAGAGCUAUUCUGCGCGCCUAAAAACCCCUGGACGCCUUUCCAUGCCUGCGAAAACUUCAAAUCAUUGGCACCUCGCUGAUAUGCUUCAUCUCGCGAUUCACCCUUUGUUCGCACUGCCAGGGGAUAAACCGCGCACCAGCACCAAGGCAGCGAUCUCGAUGCAGCCGCUGAGGGACCGCGUAGUCAUCAAGAGCGAGCGGGGAAUCGCAUUGGUGACAUGGACGCGGAACGGGCGGCUCGUACGGGAAGAAGACAUGCGAGCCAGGGGACUGCUGGAUUUUGUGCUGAAGCUGGACGAGGUGCACAAGGACUUCGAUGAGACCGAUGCGAAGAGGGAAGACAAGGAGACACCUGUGAAGAUCGGCUUGACGGUUACGGCCGGUGAUGGCGCGCAGAAGACGAUCGAGGAUUUCUGGGAGUACACGAGUGAGGCACUUGUGACGCUCCCCGGGUGCGAGUUUGUGGUGAAGAAGAAGAGCGUGAUGAGCGGGGGCCCCGAGGGCAGCUGGGGAGUAUGGCGAUGGGCGGUGCUGCUCACGAAGCUCGGCAAAAAGGGCCAAGUCAUUCGUGCGAAGAAGCUGCAGAUCCAGAGGGGCGCGUGGUUCGACGGGGUGUAUGUGCACUACGAAGACGGCACGCGUGAGAUCAUGGGUGCGAAAACAACUGCGCACGGCGGCGAGAUGCAGCUCGGCGGGGGUACGACGUGGUUGAGUAUUGGUGAGGAUGAGACAAUCAAGAGCCUGAAAAUACGCGCGGGUGAGUAUGGGUUUGUGAACGAGGUCAAAUUUGUCAAGGGAGAGGUUGCUGGUGCAGUCCCAAAUGGGAUGGAGGAGCUGAAGCCAGAUGAGGGAGAAAAGAUCAUCGGAUUCUAUGGAAAACAUCAACAUGACAACGGGUAUUGCCCCACCCUCGAGUUCGGGAUCUUGACCAUACCCGCAGGUGCUGAGCUUCCAAAGGAGGCGUACGAAAUCCCUGCGCUGCGAAAUACUGAUGGCGGGUCGGCUGUGACUCAGGCAGGAGGGAACGGAGAGGCACAAGGGAAUGACGAGAAAGACGAGGAAGACGACGGGUAUAUUAGUGAUGGAGAUGAGAUGGAGGAAUGA